UCAUAAUAUUAUGGCUGCUCUCUCGUGUCCCCAGGAACUGGUCUUGCAACCAGUACUAGAACAAUUGGUCCCGGAACCAAUUGCUCAAGAACCUCUCCCUCGGGAGAUGAGUGCUUCAACUUGCCUCAAUAUAAAAGCUGCAAGUGAAGAAUUGAAACCAACAAAGGAAAACCUGAGAAAUGUGCUAGUGAUGGAGAAAAUAAGGGUUCGAGAAAAUGAAAUGGACAAACUAGCACAGAAAGAAAGAAAUAAUCGUGAACUGAGACAUGUGCAUCUCAGGGAAACGAUAAGAAACCAAGAGAAGGAAACACAGGAGCAAAUACGGAGACAAACGGAACAGAGAUCGAAGGAAAAAGAACGAUGGAUGUCUCUAGAAAAAGAAGCUGAAGAGGAAAAUAAAAGAGAAAUCAUUAAGCGCAAAGAAAGAAACAUGCUGCUUAAUGAUGAAUUAAAAGCUCAGAGAGAAGAGAGACUGAAAGAGAAGGAAAGAUCGAUAUCUCUGGAGAAAGGAGCUCUGAAGGAAAAUAAUGGAGUAAUUAUGAAGAACAAACAAAAGAAUCUUCUUAGUAACAUGGAAACCGAAAAACAAAAGAAGAUAAAGAAGAAGGAAGAAGAAAGAAGAAUGAAAGAGAAAGCUAAGAAGAAGAUGACUUCGCCUUACUGUAAGGUUGUCGAAAGACUUGACCAAGUCUUUAAUAUGAAGGAGCCGGACAGCAGGAUGGUGCAAAAGGCGCCACCGCGUAUUGAAGAUUUCCAGCUCCAAUCAAUACUUGGCAAGGGAUCAUUCGGAAAAGUCUACAAGGCGCAACACAGAGAGACCGGAGAGACUAUUGCGCUUAAGACUUUGGCUUUGUGUGAAAUGAACGACAAGAGCACAUUUACAUGCCUUGCAUUAGAACAGCGUACCCUCCGGCUGGUAAGCGAGAGGCAAUGUCCUUUCCUUACCAGCUUAGUCUGCUCCUUCCAGACUGAGCACUACAUGUGUCUUGGGAUGGAGUAUGCAGAAGGAGGAGCCUUAAUCUCAUACCUGGUUAAAGGAGGAUUACCGCUUGAGAGAGUUAGAUUCUAUUCGGCUUGCAUAGUCCUGGGCCUGCAGUUCCUACACGAGCAUAACAUCGCUCAUAGAGAUCUAAAACCGGCGAAUGUGUUAGUGUGCAGCGACGGCUAUGCGAAACUCGCAGACUUCGGCCUCUGUCGAGAAGGAAUGGCGUUUCACAACAUAUGCGUAUACAGAUGCGGCACUCUCCCCUACAUGGCCCCGGAACUACUCAGGAGCCACUACACCAGAUCUGUAGACUGGUGGGCACUGGGAGUGGUCAUGUAUAACCUGCUCACGGGAUGUGCACCAUUUCAUGGAGCAAAUGUGAAGGAAUUACUUACAGAUAUAAUGGAUAAGGAGCUAGAGUUUCCUAUUGAUAUCACUGAGGAUACUCAUAGUACACUAGCAGGGCUCUUAGAGAAAAACCCCCGGUAUCGCCUUGGCUCAGGAAGAAAUGGCACCGAGGAUGUAAAGAACAGCCCUUUCUUUCAGGGAUUAGACUGGGAGGCUCUGGAGAAGAAACAAAUCCAGGCCCCAUUCAUUCCUGAAAGAAGAACAACUAAAGACCCUGAAAAUAGCCUUGAAUUAGAUCCGGUUGAUGACGCAACACCGCUAAAGAAAGAAGCCCAGUGGGCCGUAGAAGAUCUGUUCUACGCUAGGACGCCAUCAUCAGAUUCGGAAACAUAAGUAUCUAGAAAUGUAGAAAUGUAUAGGAAAAACCAAUGGGUAGGCUACCAUUGGGGAGCUACAGAAACACUGGCUGGCUUGUGAGGAACAGGACCUCCAACAGGGCGGGAUGGGAUGGAUGGAGGUCGUUCCUCACGCCACAACAUGAUAGGAGGAGUGGAGCAGCCUGAGCCUCGGCUGUAUUGUCGGUAGGAGGAGUGGAGCAGCCCGAGCCUCGGCUGUAUUGUCGGUAGGAGGAGUGGAGCAGCCCAAGCCUCGGCUGUAUUGUCUGUAGGAGGAGUGGAGCAGCCCAAGCCUCGGCUGUAUUGUCUGUAGGAGGAGUGGAGCAGCCUGGGCCUCGGCUGAAUUGACGCUAGGAGGAGUGGAGCAGCCCGAGCCUCGGCUGUAUUGUCUGUAGAAGGGGUGGAGCAGCCCGGGCCUCGGCUGUAUUGUCUGUAGGAGGAGUGGAGCAGCCCGAGCCUCGGCUGUAUUGUCGGUAGGAGGAGUGGAGCAGCCCGAGCCUCGGCUGUAUUGUCUGUAGGAGGAGUGGAGCAGCCCGAGCCUCGGCUGUAUUGUCGGUAGGAGGAGUGGAGCAGCCCGAGCCUCGGCUGUAUUGUCGACAGGAGGAGUGGAGAAACUUACAGUUUGAGUGGAGAAACUUACAGUUACAAUAAAAAUAAACUUGUAAAUAAAUGUAAAAUAUUGUA